UCCAGAGACGGUCACACCGCCGUAGACAAGUGCAUAAACAUUUACUCCAGGUGACAAAAAGUAAAUAAAGGAAAAUUUCCACCGCAUCGCAAACAGACGGCGAAAAGCAUCAAGAAACCGCUUCACGAUGGCUUCAUUCUUCAACGUUGGCGCAUUGGGAAAUGUAUUCUCCACUCCAGUUGGCCAGCGCAUAGAGGCCGCCACCGAUGCCAAUUUGGCCUCGGAGAAUUGGGCCGCCAACAUGGAGAUCUGCGACAUGAUCAACGAAUCCUCGGACACCGCCCGUGAUGCCAUGCGCGCCAUUCGCAAAAGACUCUCCCAGAACGCCGGCAAGAACAACCAGGUGGUGAUGUACGCGCUGACCGUCCUGGAGACGUGCGUGAAGAACUGCGGCAAGGCCUUUCAUGUCCUGGUGGCCCAGAAGGACUUUAUCAACGAGUUGGUCAAGCUGAUCGGCCCCAAGAACGAUCCACCAGCUGCCAUGCAGGAGAAGGUUCUCAGCCUGAUACAGAUUUGGGCGGAUGCGUUUAAGAACCAGCCGGAUCUAAAUGGAGUCACCCAGAUGUAUAUGGAACUGAAAAACAAGGGCAUCGAGUUCCCAGCCAACGAUCUGGAUGCCAUGGCGCCUAUUUACACGCCACAGAGGAGUGUUCCCGAGUUGCCUACGCAGUUGAUGGCCGCCCAGCAGCACACAAUCUCGCCUCAACACAUGGCUGCCGCCGCCGCUGCCGCUGCUGCAGCCGCCGCUCCACCCAGCACAGGACCUUUGCAUUUGACUCCCGAACAGGCGGCCAAGCUGCGUUCCGAACUGGAAAUCGUUAGCAACAAUAUGUCCAUCCUGAGCGAAAUGCUUAGUGUGCUGAAGCCCGGCCAGGAGUCGCCCGACGACUAUGCCCUGCUCAACGAGCUCACCUCCACCUGCAAGGAGAUGCAGUCUCGCAUCGUGGAUCUGAUUGGACGUGUCCAGGACGACGAGCUCACCGCGGAGUUCCUACGCAUCAAUGACGAGCUGAAUAACGUGUUUUUGCGCCAUCAGCGGUACGAGAAGACUCGCUCACAGGGCCAGGGAGCCGCUGUUACCUCGCCCUCGGCGGUGCUGGGCGCUGCAAUGGGUCUGCCCGUGGUGGGAGCAGCUGGAGCAGGAGCCACCACAGUGGCCACCCUUCCACCUCCGCCCACAACUACUGCCGUGAGCAAUACGCCGCAAAGCGACCAGCUGCUGAUCGACCUAAUCGAAAGCAGCGAGGAGGCCCAACUGCCGCAAAGUCUGGGCCAGCUCAGUCUGGGUGGAGGAGCACCAGCACCCAUUGGGGUCCAGAGGGGAGCACGACCAACCGAUGAGUUCGAUAUCCUGGCCCAGUCGCGCACCGAUGGCAACCAUAAAUCGGAUAUGUUAAGGGACAUUCCAUCCGUGGACGCUGCUGCAGGAAGUGUGACGGCCACCGCCUCGCCUUAUAAACAGAGUCAACCACAGCGCUCAGCCGGCGAUCCGCCGGUGGUAAGUAAAUCGACGAAAGAGAAUGAGAUCGACGAGAUGGAGGCGUGGUUGGGCAGUUCACACAUCGAGGGCAUUGAGGAACUGACAAGCUCGGAGUUUGAGAAAUUCCUCGAAGAGCGCGCCGCUGCCGCCGAAAACCUUCCAACGAUCAAUGCAUCGAACUCCGCCGCAAGUGCCACGACAGGAUCUGGAUCCGUCGGAGUCGACAGCUUACGAAAGACACCAAAGAAACCGGGCGCCGAGGAGGAUCUGCUCGCCCUCUGAGUGAUCUCUGCCAGCACCAUCAUCGGCUCUAAUUGUUUACUCUUUCAAAUGUUAUACACACCCUAACAUAAUUACGCAUAACGUCUAUAUGAUAGCAGAUACAUAUUAACACUUUAUGUAAAAUGCUUUUAAUUUUUACAAAACUGCAACGAUAACUAUUGAUUAUAUUCCAAAAUGCGAUCUUCUGUUGGUCUAAUUAUAAGCCACGUCUACACACAUUGAUGGUAAUUUAAUGUAUUACGUUACAAGUCUAUUUGUUGUUUAUUUAUACAUAUAUACAUACAUU